AUGGAAGUGAGUGGCGAUUCGUGGAGGGCAUACUAUACAACAGCGGCACCCGAGCACCCCCUCAGCGCCGCCACCUCAGCCGUGCUUGGAGUGGCAGAAGACUCGCAGCCGCAGUCUCUCGUCACAGAUUACUACAAACUGCCCCCUCUGGGACAAGACACCCAUCUUAAUCUCCACAAGGAAGUAUGGCAGGCCGGCGGAGCGCUGAAAGCGGCCAAUGGGGCGCACGGGGCGGAGCUGGGCGAGCUGUCGGGCUUGCUGCACGCGGGCCUCGUGAAGCGCGAGCCCGAGGAUCUGAGCCGCAAGGUGGUCGAGGAGCCCGAACACGCGCUCAAGCCGCCGCGACACAAGGUGCCGGUCGGCGAGCCAGGCGAAGCUUCGCCGUCCCCGGUGCCGUCCCGCGCCUCGUCCGCGGGUUCGCUGCUGCCGGACGCGGCCAUGUACGCCGCUCAGAUGUUCGCCCCGCCGGGCACCCCCAGUCCGACGCCCUACGGCGACCAGUACCCUCGUCAGUCCGCCGCCUUCUCGGGGGAGCCCUAUUACAGAGAGUACUUCGUCGGCGACGGGUACCAGCAGAGAGCGGCGCCGCCUUAUAGCGAUACGGAAUCGACCUCGGCUUCGGCGUUCGGGGAACGCUACGCGGCGCCCAGAUAUCACAGCAAGAGCGUGAUAGCGGCGGCCGGGCUCACCGUCGAUCUACCGUCCCCGGACAGUGGCAUUGGGGCUGACGCAGUCACGCCUCGAGACCACACAGCUGUUCAGCAGUCGUUCGAGUACACGGUGAUAUGCCAACAACCUGGCGUCGGCGAGGACGGGAGGGGCACUCCUGCAGCGCACCACUCGCCUGCGCAGGCGCCGCGCACGCGACCCUGGCACGACUUCGGCAGGCAGAACGAUGCCGAUAAAAUACAAAUUGCUAAAGUGUUUUCACCGUACGGGUUCAAGUACCAUUUAGAGACGGCGAGCAGUAGUUCGCAGCGAAGGGAAGACGAUCGAAUAACUUACAUCAAUAAGGGACAGUUCUAUGGCAUCACGUUGGAGUACGUCCAUGAUCCCGAUAAACCGCUCAAGAAUCAAACGGUGAAGAGUGUGGUGAUGCUUAUGUUCCGAGAAGAGAAAUCCCCCGAAGACGAGAUUAAAGCGUGGCAGUUCUGGCACGGAAGACAACAUUCCGUCAAGCAGAGGAUAUUAGACGCAGACACAAAGAACAGCAUAGGUCUCGCGGGGUGCAUAGAAGAGGUCGCACACAACGCCAUCGCCGUCUAUUGGAACCCGCUGGAAAGCGCUGCGAAGAUAAAUAUAGCGGUGCAAUGCUUGAGUACGGACUUCAGUAGUCAGAAAGGUGUAAAGGGCUUACCGCUGCACAUUCAAAUUGACACUUUCGAAGACCCUCGAGAUACCCAAGUAUAUCACCGAGGCUACUGUCAAAUCAAAGUGUUCUGUGAUAAGGGAGCAGAAAGAAAAACAAGAGACGAGGAAAGACGAGCGGCGAAAAGAAAAAUGUCCGCCACAAACAGAAAGAAACUCGACGAGAUCUACCACCCGGUUACGGAACGCAGCGAGUUUUACUCGAUGGCGGAUCUGGCGAAACCUCCGGUCCUGUUCAGCCCGGCUGAGGAUAUAGACAAGCUCGCCGGAAUGGACAUCCAGGGAUUUUACGGACACGACGAGGCGGCUUUGGCUGAAGCCCAUCUCAAGGGAGCGUCUCCCUUCCUACUGCAUGCGGCAAAACCACAGGCACCCGCGCUCAAGUUCCACAACCACUUCCCGCCGGACGCGCCUGCGUAUCGAUCCGACGUCGGCGGUUUGUCACCGUACAGUGACCGUAAAGACUCAUUAGAACUGGAAGGAGUCCUGGGCAAGAGGGCGCGCACAUCGACGCCGCCGCUCAGCGAGCGCGUGAUGCUGUACGUGCGACAGGACACCGACGACGUGUACACGCCCCUGCACGUCGUCCCUCCCACCACCCAGGGUCUCCUCCACGCUAUUGAGAAUAAGUACAAAAUUUCAAGUUCGGCAAUUAAUAAUCUUUAUCGAAAGAACAAGAAAGGGAUUACGGCCAAAAUUGACGAUGAGAUGUUGGCGUACUAUUGUAACGAGGACUUGUUCCUGCUCGAGGUGCGGCCGGCGGGCCCCAGCGAGGACGAGCCCCUCUACGACAUCACGUUUGUGGAGCUGCCCUUGGACCAUUAA